ACCAGGGUUGGUCCUCGGGGAACGGCUUCCUAGGCCCCCGGCCUGACCGAGUCUUUGGCACGCUGGCUGGGGACUGGGCUCCCCUAGCUGUCGGCCUCGACCUCCACUUCAGCUCUAGGCUCCGACCGGCCUCAAAGUCAAGUCAGGUGCUUCUCUGUGCGCUGCGGUUGGGUGGAAACAACGCCCCUCACAGAGGUUUUAGAUGUUGGCCUGUCGAAGAAAAUGCAUUUUAUGUACCUCUCUAAGGGAAGUCAUUAUGUGACUAACACAUUUUCAUCAGAUUUCCUCUGAUUUACCCUGAAGUGUAUGUGAGAAUGAUGUGCACUGCCAAGAAAUGUGGAGUUAGAUUCCAGCCUCCAGCUAUUAUCUUAAUCUAUGAGAAUGAAAUGAAGGGGAGAAGUCGCCAGCGCAUUAUGCCUGUCCGAAACUUUUCAAAGUUUUCAGAUUGCAACAGAGCCGCUGAACAAUUAAAGAAUAAUCCGCGACACAAGAGUUACUUGGAACAGGUGUCCCUGAGACAGCUAGAGAAGUUAUUCAGUUUUUUACGAGGUUACUUAUGGGGACAGAGUUUGGCAGAAACAAUGGAACAAAUUCGACGGGAAACAGCUAUUGAUCCUGAGGAAGACCUGAACAAACUAGAUGACAAGGAGCUUGCCAAAAGGAAGAGCAUCAUGGAUGAACUUUUUGAGAAAAAUCAGAAGAAGAAGGAUGAUCCAAAUUUUGUUUAUGACAUCGAAGUUGAGUUUCCACAGGAUGAACUGGAGUCCUGUGGCUGGGACACAGAGUCAGCAGAUGAGUUCUGAUCCCCCAAACCAACAUUUAUGGGGCUAGCAGAAACUCCUUGUUUAUACAGAGAAUGUAGAUUAGUUCUAGAAAAAUCCGUAACAAACUAAAUGUAUAUGUUGGACCAUAUUUGGAUUGACCAUGUGACUUUUCAAAACCAAGACAUGUAGUACAUCUGCUAUGUAGGUGCAUGAGGAAUGUAGAAAAAACAAUAUAGUUAUCUGAUUUUAAGGAGUUCACAAUCUAAUUGGAAGAUACGUCAAAAACUUUUGAAAAGCUAACAGUAUUAGGCAGCAAAAAGAUUAAAGCCAAAUGCUUGAUAAAGGCAAAAAUGGGUCAGAGCCAAGAUUACUGUAGAGCAGAAGAGUCAGGGGAAGACUUGGUCCUUUAGUGGCAAGAUUGGAUUUUGUCUGGCCCUUGAAGUGGUAGUAUUUGAAUAGAAGCUUAUAUAGGAUUCCAGAUGAGAGAAACUUGGAGGAAAAAAGAGGGGAAGGGUACAUUAAGCAAAUUAUAAUUUGAUAAGAUUGAAGAGUAUGUAUGGUUACCAGGGGAUUAUCCUGUAUGCGUUAUGUCUUUAUAUGUAUAUAUGACUCUUUUAUAAGUAUUUCAAUUCUGCAGUAGAAGAGUAACCCUGCACAAUGCCCCGCAGCUGCCACUGCAUGUCAUUUGAUGGACAGCAGGGGGAUUCUGCCCUUCUGGUGUCAGGAAGUAUAUACCAAAGACAUUCUGAAACCCUGAACCUCUUCCCAUAAAUAAGAGGUUUGUCUGUAAAAUGGGAAUUCUACCAAUAAUAAAUGAACAAUAGGUACUGCCAGUUUAGACCUAUUCAUGAAUUUGGAUGUACAAAGAGAUUUUUAUUGAACAAGGUUAUGUGUGUACAGAUCUUAUUAUUAUAUUAUUAUUAUUUAAUGGUAGAAAUCCUGUGUUUUCUGCAAGGAAAUUAAUACUCAUUAAAUAAAACUCUAAAAAUUA